AUGGCUUUCUAUUGGGGUCGUUGCUUUGCUUGUCGAGAUAGCACCAACCAGAUAGUAUCGUUCAGUCGAUAUUUUUCUCCUAUACAAUAUCGAAGCCAAUCGACUGCAGUUCAUCGACUCACGCUACAACAAUAUCGACUUCGAGAGGAGCUGGAGAGAGAUCACAAUCAAUGCCGACAAGCAUUUCUCAAUGGAAAAUUUGCAAUAUUUAAUGGAAAUAAGCCUUAUAUGACAAGGACAGAUCGUGGUAAUUUGCUCAUGACCAAAGUAAACUAUCAAGAUGUACAAAAACUUGUCAAUAUGGACACUGACAAUUAUGAAGUUCCAAACUUUGUCUUCCUCGGACUACAUGAUAAUAGGCCUUUCUUCGCAAUCGAUGCAUUAUCACUCAUCCAUUUUCACAAAACAAUCUCAUAUUGCUCAAGAUGUGGUAACAAAACAUAUCGAUAUUUCAGUGGCAGCAGAAGAUACUGUAUGAAUUGCCGUGUUACAUUUUAUCCGCAGGUGUCGCCAGUUGUUGCUGCCUUGGUCAUUCGGGAUGGAGAAUGUUUACUUGCUCGUCAACCUAGUUUUCCGGAGGGGCUAUACAGUGGUUUAGCCGGUUUUUGCGAACCAGGUGAAUCUCUAGAGGAAUGUGCGCGUAGAGAAGUUGCUGAAGAGAUCGGUGUGCUUUCAGAAACAGUAGAAUUUCAAGGGACGCAGGGUUGGACACUGGGUAUCGGCGAUACCUCCUUAAUGAUAGGUUGCUAUGUGACUGUAGACUCUUCCGCUGAGAUCAAUAUAAAUGGUCUGGAGUUAGAAGACGCAAAAUGGUUUACACGUCAAGAUGUCAAGAAAUUAAUUGCUUGUACGCCGAAACCUAUCGCUAUUAAUGGUUUGCCUGUAUUUAUCCCACCACCAGUAGCUAUUGCUCAUCAGCUACUUUCAGAUUGGGCAAAUAAAUGCUAA